UAUCUAUAUUCUUCUCACUCAUCUGCUCUUCAUCUCAUCAUUGACCAGAUCCUCUCCAUUAUCCGGAACUUCUGGAACAGGUAGUUUGGGGAGACUGAGGCACAGGGUAGGAGUCUUUGUAUGGGCUUGCAAAGCAGCAGAACAGCGGGCGUUGUGAGGCAUAUUGAAAAAAGGGUUGAUUGAUAUAUGUGGAUUUGAUGAUAAAGGUAAGAAAGACGCGUAUUUGAAUGAUAUUUGAUUGAAAAAGACGCGUAUUGAAUGAUAUUUGAUUGAAAAAGACGCGUAUUGAAUGAUAUUGAAUGAUUCUAGAGAAACAUGGAUUGUUUGAUUUUUUGGUGGUGUUUUGCUACUAAUUUUCAGGGGGGGCUGGGAAAAUUCUGUUUUCGCAAGUAAUAUGUCCGCCACAAUACUUGGUAGCAUCGGCGAUGCCUUGAUGGCGGCGGUUUGCCGCUCACUGAUUCAACCUAUCAAAGCAUUUUUUUCACCAGCCAUUGCGCCGUCUUCGCAAGCUUCACAGAUCCCAAGUCCAGUUUCAAGUCGCUUUGAUCCGCAGAGAAUACACCAUGGACGCAACUAUCAACCCUCUAAGGGAUCCCAAUACCCUGUCCAACUACAGUGCCUUUCGUACUACUCAUACGACAGUCAAUUUCAAUAUCCUCUUCGAUAAGCAGCAACUCACCGGGAAUGUCAUCCAUCAACUAAAAUCACUCAAUGGCGAGGCCCGUGAAGUCAUAUUAGACUCUAGCUUCCUUAAUAUUCGUGAUGUCAAAGUUGACGGCGCGCAGAACAAGUUCGAGCUGUUGCCUCGACAAGAGCCCUAUGGCAGUGCGUUGAAAAUACCCUUGGCUGAGGGCGUCGCUAUGGGCAAAACAGUUGAUAUCGAUAUCGCCGUUGAGACAACUGAGAGUUGCACCGCCUUGCAAUGGCUCACGCCAGCCCAGACAUCUACCCAAAAGCACCCCUAUAUGUUUACCCAAUGUCAGGCGAUUCAUGCCAGAUCUAUAUUCCCAUGCCAGGACACCCCAGAUGUCAAGGCUGUCAUUGAUUUCAAUAUCUCGUCACCACUUCCUGUCAUUGCUAGCGGUGUACCAGUUAGAGAUGGCUCUUCAUCGUCUUCGGAAUCUAGCAACAAGGUUUAUAAAUUCCACCAGAAGGUACCUAUUCCAGCUUAUCUUUUCGCGAUUGCUAGUGGGGAAAUUGCUGAGGCCCCGAUCGGCCCACGAAGUAGGGUCGCCGCAAGCCCUGACAUGCUUGAGGGCUCCAAGUGGGAACUUGAAGCAGAUACGGAAAAGUUUAUACAGGCAAUUGACAAAAUUAUCUUCCCGUAUAUCUGGGGGGAAUAUAAUGUUUUAAUCUUGCCUCCAAGCUUCCCGUACGGAGGGAUGGAGAACCCGAUUUUUACAUUCGCUACUCCCAGUUUGAUCUCAGGAGACCGACAAAACAUUGACGUUAUUGCCCAUGAGCUCGCCCACAGUUGGAGUGGUAACCUUGUCACGAAUGCUUCUUGGGAACAUUUCUGGCUUAACGAGGGCUGGACAACCUACUUGGAAAGAAGGAUCCUUGCUGCUGUGCACGGCGAGCCCUAUCGCCAUUUCUCCGCUAUCAUCGGAUGGAAGAGCCUAACUGAGUCCGUGGAACGUUUCGGCAAUGACCAUGAGUUCACAAAGCUGAUUGUGGACCUCAAAGGAAAGGACCCAGACGAUGCUUUCUCCAGCAUCCCGUAUGAAAAGGGGUUCAUAUUCUUGUUCUACCUUGAGAAUCUCAUUGGCAAAGCCAAAUUUGACAAGUUUAUCCCACACUACUUUACGAAAUACAAGGAGCUAUCCCUUGACUCGUAUGAAUUCAAGUCGAGCAUGCUCGAUUUCUUCUCAAAUGAUUCAGAAGACCAUGCCUUACUCGCCUCCCUCGAUUGGGACACAUGGUUCUACAGCCCCGGACUGCCACCCAAACCAGACUUCGACACCUCACUGGUUGACAUCGUUUACGACCUGGCAGAGAAAUGGCGAACCGCCCCCGAGUCGGAAUUUGUUCCGACCGCAGCUGAUGUUAAGGGCUUAAGCGCGAACCAACUGGUAGUAUUCCUCGAGCAGCUGAUCUCAUUUGAGAAGCCUCUUUCAGCAGAGCAGUCGAGGUUGAUGGGCGAUAUAUAUGGGCUCGGGAAGAGUAGGAAUUCCGAAGUUUUGAACUUGUACUUCCAAGUCGGCUUGAAGGCCGGUGAUAAGGCCGUCGUCGAGCCCACUGCCGUGUUAUUGGCAAGCAUCGGACGAAUGAAAAUGGUCCGCCCAUUAUACCGCGCACUAGAGAAAUUUGAUCGCAACAUCGCUCUUGAAAUAUUUGAGAAGAACAAAAAUUUCUACCAUCCCAUCUGCAGAGGUUUGUUGAAGAAGGAUCUGUUUGGGGAUAAGGGGAAUUAGUGUACGCCUCUGGCACAGGAUACAGAUACAAAAAUGAGCCCACAGCUGAUUACAUGUUUUACCAAUUUGUGCCAUUAGCCCCAUUACUACAAUGCCUCUAAGAAGAUGCUUCGAACAUUCAUACCAUGUAAAUUAUGUAGAGAUGAUAUAUACUGAAUUGUAUAGUAGUGGUCAAACCCAAAAUAUAAUAAUCCUUAGGAUCCCA